AAUAAUGUACAUAAUUUUAAGGGGUUAAAAAGAAAAGUAAUAUUAAGAUUACUGAAAAAUGUGCCUCAAACUGUGAGCUUGAGAUUGUCUGACACAUCUCUGUGUUGCAGUUCUUUGUGUCUCUUUUUUUUUUUUUUUUUUCUAGUGGGGUGAUAAGCAGACACAAUAUUUAUUUACACUUGCUAGGUAAUAAUGUACAUAAUUUUAAGGGGAUAAAAAGAAAAGUAAUAUUAAGACUACUGAAAAAUGUGCCUCAAAGCUUAUAUGAGCUUGAGAUUGUCAGACACAUCUCUGUGUUCAGUUGGUUUUCACUAAUGAUUUACUACCAGGUCCUCUGUUUUCUUGUACUGGCAAUAGUGGCUUUGUGGAAAUAUGAGAAGGGAUCAAGACAUGCAUUGUUGGAAAGCUGAAGAUGAGCAUAUGGUGUCCAUGUUUGGCCCUGAUGAAGAUUCUGGCACCCAGAUUCCAACGCAAGCCCAAUCUAUUGUGGAAGGUUCAAGCACAGUUGUGGUGUCAGAGUAUAAGCCUGUUCCUGAUGUAGACUAUCUACAGAUGUGUAAUCUUUCCAUUGCAAACUCGUAUUCCAACGUUUCUAUUGUUCCUUAAACUGAUACUCUUUUUGCUGUCAACACAAUCUCUACUUUACUUUGAUAUUUUGGUUUUGGCUUUGGAAAAAAUUUAAUCGUGAUAACCAAUUAUGCUGCUUUCAUGUUAACACUGGAAUGUCAAUAUGACAUUAAAUAUCUGAUAUUAGCAUUUAUUGUAGAUGAUAAUUUUCCCUGUCUUCUUCGUGGAAUGUCAAAAAAAAAUGUCAGUUUAUUAGUUCAAUUCUUUGUGACUUCCUUUGGAUGUUGCAUCCCUAAUAAAUAUAUCUUUUAAGCUAUGCCAUGUGACUGGUGAUUUGAUUGCAUAUUGAGUCGCAACUUUUAAGUGUCAAUUACUUCCAACAUGCUUUUUCUUCCUUUCAUAUAUCUAAUUCUUUGGGUCUUUCAAUCUGUACUCAACAAUAAGUUUUACAUGCGGACUUCCUUUUUGCAGGAGUUAUUAGCCAUUCAACAACAGGGGCCUAGAGCCAUUGGCUUUUUUGGUACACGGAAUAUGGGAUUCACGAAUCAAGAACUCAUUGAGAUUCUUAGUUAUGCUCUGGUUAUAACAAAAAACCACAUUUUUACAUCAUGUGUAUCAGGGACUAAUGCAGCUGUUAUCAGAGGUGCUUUAAGAGCAGAAAAACCAGAGCUGCUUACAGUAAUCUUACCUCAAAGUUUAAAAAAGCAACCACCUGAGAGCCAGGAGUUAUUGGCAAAAGUGGAGAAUGUAAUAGAGAAGCCUCACAAUGAUCAUCUUCCACUGAUUGAAGCCAGCAGGCUGUGUAAUAUGGACAUCAUUUCACAUGUACAGCAAGUUAUUUGCUUUGCCUUCCAUGAUAGCAAGUUGCUCAUGGAAACUUGUCAAGAAGCGAAAAACCUCCGGAAAAUUGUGACUCUCUUUUACCUGAACUGAAGCAAUCGGUUCAUUUGGUGUAUAUGAUGAUUAGAUACAGAGACAGAUGUUUUGGUUAAUUCUUUUGUUUGUAAAUUAGGAGAUGAAUUGGGAUAACUUGCUUAGCAGUGGUGAAGGGAGCCAAUUUGCUCCUCUUCAUUGGAAAGAUUAAGAAAUAGGUCCUUGUUAACUAUUUGUAAUAGAUUUUUUUUUUUCGAACUGCAAUAUUAGCAGAAGAUAUGGGAAUAAGCAAAUCAAGUAUUCACAUUCAA